AUGCAGUACUCUACUUUCUUCGCUGCGUUCGCAACUACCGCCUUGGUUGGCGCACAACCACUCAAGGCCCUCACGGAGGCCGGGAAGGCCGCUCCUACUGCCCAGGCCCUGGAGAAGCGCAACCACUGUCCCCACGAGGACCACGUAAUGGGUUGUACCACCCCUGAGACGACUGCUGAAGACGUUUCUUCGAUCUCGUCCACCAUGGUUGUCGCCAGCCCGAGUGCCAGCCCGAGCCCUACUACGACCGCCUGCAGACCCUGGAUUGGGAUUUUGAACCAAUCGCCUGGCGAUGAUGAGGAGUGGACCGAGCCGUUCAUCAGGACCAUGUGCCCCGGAAUCGGUACUAAGUGUAUUGUCGACAUGCCAACCGUCACCGUGACAGCCACUCCUGCGCCCACCGAGGCCUCUCCAGCCGGGGACGAUUAUUCCGCCGCGGACGAUUAUCCUGCCGGGGGCUACUAUUCCCGCGGUGUCUAUGUGACCAAAGGCGACUCCAACGAGUGGCCCCAUAAGAAGCGAGAGGCUGGGGACGUCGCAGCCUGGCCAUUCAGCCCCGAGAUCGCUCACUUCCUGCCCGGCAGGCCCCAGACGACGUCCCGUCCCCCCCGUACCUGGAUCUGGAUGCCGUAUAGCUACAACCCCGAGACCUUCACCACCCUCACUCUCACGAAACGUGAGGAGGCCGGCGCACCAGCACGGACCGUCGAUGCCCUACCUACUGGUGCGGACGCAUCCUCCACACAGCCCGAGGCCGUACUGUUCACUUUCGACGCCCGACCCACUGGUACGGACGCAUCUCCCACGGAGCCCGAGGCCACACUGUUGUUCACUUCCGAAUUCAAUCCAGGCCAGGAAUCCGAUGAAGCCGUCCCUGAGCUGGAGCCCACACCUCUCACUUCCGAAUCCGAGCCAGUCCAGGCAUACCACUCAGCCACCGCUGAGCCGCAUCCCGCACUGUCCACUCUCGAAUACAGCCCAUUCGCAAUCGCCGAGUCCGACGGAGCCAUCGAGAAGCGCGACACCUACGAGCAACUCUUGACCAACUGCCCUACAUACGGCACGAGGUAUCUGUACCGCGAAAAGGACUUCUGCCCGUACAGCCUCGAGCAAGCCCAUCGGUAUCUGAAGUACCAUUCGGGUUUGGGCAUUAAGCUCAGAAACCUGCCCUGUAUUCCGCAGGGGUGUGAGGCGCUGUUGCCGGCGGGGACGAGGGUGCAGACCAAGGGCAGCGUAAUUAUUACCAGGGACGCAGUGAGCGGAGGGGACGAGAAUGAGCCGUUCGAGGGUGCGCAGCUCAGCUGCUACUACGGGCCUCACGGUGAGAGGACGAUGUGUGCUUCGAUGAUGGGUUGCGCUCCGGACAUUUUGGGUCAAUGCGAGGAGUCUGAGGAUCAGCGGGAGGAGUGA